GCUCUGCUCGUCUCUGUGUGUCCAUUGCAAGCAAGACAAGGAGGAGAUGCCGGCUGACGUCAUCGAGGCGCAUGCGCACUGCUCGCAGGCGCCCUACCGCUGGUACCACACCGUCACGUGGCUGCUCUACAGCGCCUCCUAUCCCGCAGCUCUCGUCAUCAGUGGAGGAUUCUGGGUACUCAUCCACCGACGAGGCGACCCCAUCGGUCUGUCGGCAGCCGUCACUCACGCGUCAAACUCCAUCUACGUCUUGCUGGACAUGUGCGUGAGUGCGGUGCCGGUGCGCGUGCUGCACGUGUGGGUGCCGCAGUGCUGGUGUCUAUGUUACGCGGUGUUCUCGUUUUUGUACUACCUGUACGGCGGCACGGGACUCUACGAGUUGCCGUUCAUCUAUCCGUUUAUCGACUACGGAGAGACGCCGGGCGUUGCCAUCGGGUUUCUGGCGGUGGCGCUGCUGCUGCUGCUGCCGCUGGCGCAGGUGGCGCUGUAUGUGAUGUACAUGGUGCGGCGGUUCGUGUACGCACGCGCGUGCGGGAUGGCGGAGGAAGAGGAUGAGGAUGAGAGGCAGAGAACGAGCGUACCCGUUUGAUUCGUGCUGAGAUUAGCAAACGUGAAAGCCGACGUCGGACUUUGCAGGCGCGCGCGGACUUUUGUACGACGUACGUGCGCGCACACACGCACGCAUUCUCGCAAGUGCACAGAU